CCGCCGGGAUGGGAGAGUGGAAGGGGGCGAGUCCGCGGCCGGAGGAGUCUGGUUGCGGGUCGGUCGUGGGGGCUGCUGCUGGAGGGGCUGAGCCCGCCAUGGAGCCGGUGACCAGGUGGAGCCCGAAGCAAGUGGUGGACUGGACUAAGGGCCUGGAUGAUUGCCUGCAGCAAUAUGUCCAUAAAUUUGAACGAGAAAAGAUUAAUGGUGAACAACUCCUACAGAUUUCUCACCAGGACCUUGAAGAGUUGGGUAUCUCACGGAUUGGACAUCAGGAACUGGUUCUAGAGGCUGUGGAUCUCCUGUGUGCACUGAACUAUGGCCUUGAAACAGACAACAUGAAGAAUCUGGUUCUCAAGCUGCGAGCGUCAUCCAACAACCUGCAAAAUUACAUCAGCAGCCGUAGGAAAAGCUCAAAUUAUGAUGGAAAUACCUCUCGCAAGCCCCCCAAUGAAUUCCUUACUUCUGUGGUAGAGCUUAUUGGUGCUGCUAAAGCCUUGCUUGCAUGGUUGGACAGGACCCCAUUUACAGGUAUUGCUGACUUUUCAUCAAUGAAGAACAGAAUCAUUCAGCUCUGCUUGGAUCUCACUACUACUGUUCAGAAGGAUUGCACUGUGGCUGACAUGGAAGAUAAAGUCCAGACUGUGGCCAAGACUUUAAAUGGCAUUUGUGAUAAAGCCAUUCGAUCAACUACAGAUCCAUUGAUGAGCCAGUGUGCCUGUCUGGAGGAGGUUCACUUAACCAACAUUAAACCUGGGGAAGGCUUGGGAAUGUACAUAAAAUCAACUUAUGAUGGAUUGCAUGUAAUUACUGGAACUACAGAAAACUCCCCUGCUGAUCGCUCUCAGAAGAUUCAUGCUGGUGAUGAAGUGAUCCAGGUUAAUCGGCAAACUGUGGUUGGAUGGCAGCUAAAAAAUCUGGUGGCAAAGUUGAGAGAGAAUCCUGCUGGAGUUAGGCUGCUGCUUAAAAAACGUCCUACUGGCUCUUUCCAUUUUACUCCUGCUCCAUUAAAGAACCUGCGCUGGAAACCACCCUUGGUGCAGACCAGUCCUCCACCAACUUCAACUCAGUCACCAGAAAGCACCGUGGAUACCUCACUGAAGAAAGAGAAGCCGGCCAUUUUGGAUCUGUACAUACCCCCUCCACCAGCUGUUCCAUAUUCUCCUCGAGAUGAAAAGGGGAGUUCUGUGUAUGGAGGAGGCAACAAACACAGUCAACCAUUAACUGGGUCCAAGGGGGCCGAGUCUCCCAAUUCUUUUCUGGAUCAGGAGAGUCGAAGACGAAGGUUUACUAUUGCUGAUUCAGAUCAGUUGCCUGGGUAUCCUCUGGAAGUAAAUAUCCUACCAGCCAAGAUGAGGGAAAAAACACAGUCCUAUGGAAAACCUCGUCCGUUGUCAAUGCCUGCUGAUGGAAGUUGGAUAGGAGCUGCAGAACGCUUCUCUAGGCCACGAGGAUUAGGGAGAAAAGGUGAAGAUGUUCUCUGCAGGUACUUCAGCAAUGAAAGGAUACCCCCAAUCAUUGAAGAAAGCCCCUCCACGCAGUACCCCCUCUCCAGGCCAGUGUCUGACAAGCAGUUAGUGAAGGGAACGGAUUAUAUUCGAGGCAGCAGGUGUUUUAUGAAUACAGACCUCCACAACAGUGCAACAAUUCCUUUUCAAGAGGAAGGUGCUAAAAAAUCGUCGGUUACAUCAUCCACAAAACACUCCUCUGCAGAACCCUCGCUGCUGGUCAGUUGGAUCACAAGACUGAAAUUGUUGACUCACUGACUCUUGUCCACAACUCUGUUACCAAGUGCCUUUGCUCAUCGAUCAGACUUCGCUACUUUUCAGCUUAACUGACGCAUAGAGACUAAUGUGGUAUUCUUUUCCUGGAGAACCGUACAUUUUUGCCUUUUCAUGACUUUUGACAGAGCAGAGGGUGCCAUAGUGCAAGGAGGGAAAAAAGAUAAAGAUCAAGUUCCUCUUCCUGGCCAAAAGCUGAAGGCAUUUAUUCCCAUGGAAAUAAGUAGAAUUCAGUGAGAUAGAGGCCACACAUGACCUGGAAUGUUCAUAGUGACUCAGAAGAAAGAAUUGUGUUACCGUGAAGUCCAGUGGCACUUUAGUUGUCUGAAUGCUCAGAGACUGGUGUGACUGGCUGGGUGUCAGAGUACGCAGAGCUCAGCACAAGUUGCGUUGCGUUACUCUCCUGACCAGGAAAGAUAAGCAGAGGAACAAUGGUUUUGUGCAACUUACUGAUGCUGUUGCAAAUACUGCGUGAGGUCAACCUUGUGAGGAAGAAGUAAUAGUGUUGCUAUUCUUUCUCUGAUACCAGAAAUUCUGUGAAGGCUUAGGAAGAGAGUUCUCUCAUUCAGAGAUUUUAGGAAAUUGGACUAAUUUAAUUAUAAAUCAAUCCAACCUGAUAUAUAAACUAUUUUAUUGAAAUCACAGUAGAAAUAAAGAGCACUGAACAACUGCAGUGCUUGUCUGUAAAGGUAUAUGGAUUGCUACAACAUGCCAAGGAAAUGCAUCUGUAGAGGUGGUAAAAGAAUAUAUAUUUUCUUCCUUAAUUGUUUAAGAAUGAUUUGCUGUUAACCAAAGUAACCUUUUAAAGACAGUCCUGUUGGACUUAUGAGAACUUUUACAAUGGUUCAGUUUUUGAAUGAUGUGUUGUUUUUAUGAAAAAUAUGUGCUAUCAUACACUACAAUUGUAAGACAUUUGCUAUUUUCUAUAUAGCUCAAAUCUUUACACCUUCAGAAUUUUGAAAUAGCAUUGGGUAUUUUGGGAGGAAAAUAAAACUUGUUUAACAAAAGAGGAUGAUAUUAAAGAGGUAUUGUUCAAAACAGAAUGUACAUAGAACUGCUAGUAUGCAAACUUAAAAAAAGUUUAAAGUAAUUUAAGUGUUAAAUAUAGUUGUAUAUAUUUUUUACACUUAAGCAGAUACUGUUUGUACCUUCCUGUAUUUCAGUACUGGGCACAGCUUAGUCAAAUGAAAAGUUUUUGUGUUCCCUGCUAAUUAUAAGACUAACUAUUUUUGUAGAUGAUACAUUGCCAACAGCCUUUACUUCUUUGGUCUUGCUGAAAAGAAGGAUUUGUAUUUAAUAAUUGGUGGGUAAAGAGGGGAGUUAAAUACUAGUUUUCACUUUGGAUUGGGGCAGGAAUCACAUGCGAUAACAUGAGUGUUUUUAACACUAUAAUCUGACUGUGAACUUGUGACCAUUCUGUUGCAACAAGCUUAUGAAGUUGUGCUACUGCCUCGCAGAGAGAGACAGGGUGUUUCAGUUCUCAAUUAAUUAUGUUUGAUUGUGAGUGGUGAUUUAGGUGGGGGCUGGUUUGGACCUUUCUAAUCAAAGCAGAUUAUAAUAUGUCCUUCUUGUGGCACUCUUCUCCACUGCCCGAGAUGGCAGUCUGUACUAGAGAUGUGACCAAACACUGCUGCGAUGCAGUUGAACCCCAGAACGGUUUGGUUCUGCCUCCAAGAAGAAGGCUGAAACUGCCAUGUUGUGGGCACUGUGAUGUAGUAUAGUCCAACCUCAAAUUGACUGAACUGUUUUAAAGUAAAUCACAGUUACUGAACUAGAUCAAAGAUGUUGUCUAAACAAGACAUUUAAAAUGGAAAUUUUGCUCAUCUCCCAUGUCCUGUUUUCCACAGUUUAAGAGUGCUCUAUAGUUUAGGGGUAAAAAAAAGUCCCACAGAUCUAGGAGUAAAUCGCAGUCAAUAUCUUUCUGGCAUAACCUGUGAAAAAUGUAGGUAACAAGUUAGAAACUACUAUUAUGCAGAAACCUGGCUUAUCUCUUGGUAUCAAAGGUACAUGUAUCUGUUCUAUCAAAAACUAUGCCUAAGCUGACUUCCCUAUUUAGUACAACAUAUAUAUCCAGAUAUCCUGCCAUGGUACAGCACUUCACAGUACUCUGAAUACUCUGUCACAGAGGCAAAACAACACAGUUAAAUGGAAAAGAUCAUAAACCCCAUGAAAAUGAAAAAGAAUAUUUAGUACUCCUGCAUAUAUGUAUAGUGAGGAAGGUGUACUUCAGAAAUAGAGAGCAGCCUUCUAUUUUAGUCUGUAGAGUGUUUGCAAGGCAGUACCUUGAGUGUUCCUUUACAUAACUGUUGCAAGAAAAUACUAUUUUAGAUAGUAAUGUGCAAGAGGAAAUAAGACAUAAAUAUGAAUACUAAUGGCUUGUAGAGACAGAGUUCAGGGCAAUUCUUCAAGCAAUGUGUUUCCUCUAUUAUUAUGGAUAAUUAAAUUAAUCAGUGUUUGAAUUCUGGAUGGCCAAAAGAGGUGGACAGACUACUGUAUUAUACUGAUUUUAUGCUAAUCAAUUAACUGAUAACCUUUUCUUCCUCAUAAGCAGGGCUUGUUUUAAAAACAACAUAUUCCAUAAGGUGGGUGCUCAUUGAACAGAAAGAGAGGAAAAAAUAAAAAUCUAAAACUUAGCCAAAUGAGGAAACAGAUGAUGAAGACUAGUUUUAUAGUUGGAGAGGAUAAAGAAUUUUCUUCUUGCAUAUUUUUUUGUCCAAAUCUUAUGUCAGCAGACAGCCUUCACAAACUGCUCUAUACCUGCAGCCACAUCCUGAAUAAACCAAGUUAAACCCCUCAUCAGGCUUCAACUUAGACUUUGAGCUCAAACCUUUUUUUACUUCCCUGGGAUGUUUUGCUUUCCUAGGAGUUUUUCUGCAUUCAUCAGUCAAUUUUGGGAAUAUCUUACACAUGAUGGACAGCAGGGCUCUUGUGUGCAUGCAUAUUCAGAAAUGCCUUUGCCAGCAGGAUUGGUAUCUUGAAGGAAGGUAUUUGUUGUUUGUGUUGCUUGUGUUUUCUGUGCUUAAAUAAGUGCUACUUCUCCUAGCUUCCACUCUACGUCCUAGUGCACCACCUCAGAGUGUGAGUUAGAAAUACUUGUGUACAGUUGGAAAGAAGUGUUAGGUCCUUUGGAGUACUCUGACUUUGUCCUGCUGUACAGCUGUAGCUUCUUUUUUCUCUGUAGCCUGAGUUUUUCUUUGCACAUGCUGUGGUGAUGGAGCAUGUGCUCUUUGAGCCAAUCACAUAUGAAUGCUUUUGUCACCUUGUAGAAUGUAAGGUUUUUAUAAUGGACAGGAGCUCUCAAGAAAGCCAUUGACUUACACUAAAAUACAGAAAGAGCAUUCCAAAAGGACUCAACUUGUAGAAUGAAGAAAGAGGGGCCAGGCUAAGCUACAUAUAUUGGUCUGUGUUGUGUUGAACACUGUUUCAGCUGCAUGGCAGUAACUCUCAAAGAAAGCAACUCACACAAGUGCAGCACACUUGUACUUCUACUGCUACAUUUGUAUGAUGCUAGAAUAUGAAACAGUCAUUCAAAGUUGUAAUAUAUAGUUCCACACAUGGUACUUGAGCUGUAAUAUGUAUAACAAAAGCAGUGAAGAGCUGCUGUCAAUAUGUAAUUUCACUAAAUUAUACUGCCCACACUGCUGCUGCAUCGGUUUAAAAUAGUAUGCCCUCUUUAUCCUGUUGCCUGCACAAUGCAGACCCAGCUCUCUGGCAAGUCCCUGAACAUCAGUUUUGUCUUCUUUUGUGAUAGUGGUGAGAUUGUGUCAUUCCCACGGGGCCUCAUGCAGUGAUCCGAAAGCUUAGUUUGGGUUUUUCUGGACUUAGUCCAAAAAUGGAAGGUCAAAUUUUUAAACAGUAUUACUGAACCAGUAUUACUUCGAGCUGGGAUUUCUUUUUUAUACAUACUAAAUAUGAAAGAGGGAGGAGCUGUCUGUUGCACGUACUUUGCCAGAAGGAGGAAAAAUAAGGAUUACAUAUUCAGUGGAGGUAAAAACUCCAGAUCUUUGGGUGUCCUCCAGUUCUCGCCAGUGUGAGAAAUGUGUUUGUUUUAGCAUGACAUAGCAUAGAUGUAAACAUUUCUUUUUAAACCUCUCUGUGUGGCCACCUCAGUUGUUCAGGAUAAUGUAAGCCACUGACUUUCUCCCUUAAGUGGUUAUAGAGUUAGCCCAAUAUAUAUUUUUGGGAGAGGACAAAGAUACCUUGUCUUAGGCAAAUACAUGAUUGAUUAACGGGAUAUGGAGACAGAGGAAUUAAGCAUAAAACUAGUGCUGGAGAGUGCUGAUUUAUUGGGAGAAUCCUUGGGAUCAGUUUAAGACUGUGGUUCCUGUUUGUUCUCUGGGCUCUGGUGAGGAUGAACAGUUCACUAGGCAUCUAUGCAGGGUUGCAGUUUGGCAGCUAGGCAGCAGCCAAGGAAUCAGAGAACAGCCCAGUCCAAUUUACUGUGCCAUCUUCAGCAAAGUGGGUUAGUUGUUUGGGCUUCUUUGGUUUUGAUUUUUUGGUUGGUUGCUUGUUUCCCUUCCCCUGUCUCCAUAAGUGUAGCCCUCCUUCAGUAAAAAUGAGCCAAAGUAGGAACUGUUGAAAUGUACCUGUGGAGCAAACACAACAAGAUCCUGAUGAAGCAGUGGGCUGUGCUUGCUGAUGAGGCCAAGCUGCCAUGUGUUUAGAUGUACUCUGGGAAUGCCUUUGCAGGUAAUGAGCCUCAGACCUUGUGACUUUUGCUUAGGGACUUUUUUGUUCAAGCAAUAUUUACUGACAGGCAUAGAAAAUGCCACAGUCUAAACUGAUUUAUGUAUUUAAUGUUCUUUCCCCAAGUAAUCAUGUAUCUCAAUGUUACCUAAUAAUGGGUUUUCCUCUUCCAUCCCCCAUUAGCUGUUUUCAGUACAAAUGUUUCUCAGGAAAUCCUUCCAUAUUUCCAGUGUAAAUGUUAAUAAUUCCAGGUAGUCACAAAUGGACCAUAAUAUUUUAAACUGUAAAAAAACCAAAAACAAAACCAAACCCCAAACAAACAAAACCUCAAAAUCAAAACACAAAAAGAAACACUUUUUCUACCUUGUGAAUAACAACUUUAUGAAUAAUAAUGAAACUAAGGAUUUUUACUCAGGUGAAAGAUCAGCCAGACUUUAGUGGCUGCAUCUUGGGUGAUUUGUUUGAUUUUAUUACAUGAUAGUAGGAAGUGAGGCCUGUAGUUCAGGUAUUGUAGAUUCUUGCAGAGCAACUGUGUCUCCACAGAACCUGACCAAAGGCUUUCUUAGGUGUAAUGCAGCUUCUCAUAAGACUGUCUUCCCCAAGCCCACUGAAUGUGCCAUUGAAUAUGCAGAAGUCUUAAUAUCAUCUGACAUAGUUCUUGACCAUUUGUGUCUGGUGAGAAGUUGAUAUAAGUUGCUAUAAGUGAGUAGGAUGAGAAGAAAAUACAUGAUGUCCAAAAUUAAUUAUUUCCCUUUCUGUAUGUCCUUCUUCCUCUUUGACAUUCUCCUCCUUACACUAAGGCCAAGGGACUUUCCAGGAAUUUAUUGCACAAACAAAGAGCUAUAAAUCCUUUUAAUAUUUAUAGCAUAAUCUAGUUUGUUUUGAUGUCUGAGAUAGUUUUGGCCAGAGCUUUCCAGUAAAAAUAGCACAGCCCACAAGACAGUAUUUCCAAGCUCUUGAUUCUUUUAAGAAUUCCUCUCUGCUUAGUAAACUGUUGGCUUAUACUCUGCUUUGAAGCUGCUUAGACCACCCCAAGCAGUCCUUGGCCUUUUAGGUCCAAAAACAUUGGUUUAUCGCUGGACAGGAAGAAAGGUCUGUGUUUUUUUCCUUGCUUGGAGUUUUUUAACUCUGGAUUUGCAGGUCACAUUGGAGAGAUGGAUGCAGACCUACCACAGAGGUCUUCUGUCUUUCCCUGCCUGCCCUCUCCUGCUGUCUGUGCAGUGGCUAGGCAGGAUGGAGGGACAAGAAGGCAAGGAGGAAUCCAGAAGCUAAAGCAGCAGCCCCUCUCUUCCCUUCUUCCUGCUUAGGAGAUGAGCGGCAGGCCUCUGAUUCACCUCUCAAAACACAUGUUUAGAAAGGUUUUGGUUUUGGUUACAGAGGAGAUGAGUAAUUGUUCAGGUGUGUUUUUAGAAGUAAUAAAGACAGGAAGUACGAAUGUUUAGGACCAAGUGGACCUAAUUGUUUCCCUCGGGAUGCUGCUGCGUGGGGCUGGGCAUUAACCCUUGAAGCAGCAGGCUCCGUGGCGCCCUCUCCUGCUGUCACUCGGGCAGCUCUGUAGCUUUCUUUCAGGGAUGGUCUGGAUUUUUACUGACAGCUUUCUGCUGCCUUGUAGUUAAGUAUGGGAUUUCCUUCCUCUCCCAGUGUGGCUUUUUUGGUGAGCUGGGAGCCAGGUGAGACUCUCUUCCCAUUAGCAGGAAGAGAGGAGAGCCUGUGUUGGCUCAUACACCUGGUUCUCAUUUCUUGUGGUCGAUAAGCUGUACUUGACUGCUGUGGCUGUGGUCCCAAUGAGUUGUAGGUCAGAACUAGCUUAAGGGUGUACUUGAAUAA